UUGGCUCGCGAAGGCUAUGUGUGCGGUCAUGUGACUGCCUCGUGUCGUCUGAUUGGUGAAUUUGAGUCAAAUGAGUGAUCCCGUUUCAUUGGCGCAACGGGCGCCCUAUGCGGAAGUCGAAGAUGGAGUCUAAAAAUAGACGCGCACACGCAAGAAUGAAUAAAUAAAAGUAGCUAACGGCAUGUCGGUCAUUGAGACGGAGUAAAAGCAUCGAUCCCUCUUCACAUAAAUACUCAAGUAUAAGUAGAAACGGACAUGUGGAAUGGGCAACUCUGGUGCAUGACAUCAAAUAUGUAAUUAACUAAACUAAAAAAUAAUAAUCAUAAAAAUCUAAUUUGAGGUACAUGAUGGGGCCAGAGAGGGAGAAUUUUACUACUGUCAGGUUCAUCCUGACAGUUUUAACAAAUUCUUAAAAAAUCCCCUUGAAGCAUAAAAUUUAAUUCCUUAUACAACAACAUAGUUUUCUCUCAUAAUUUUAAAGUUAUUAGAUGAAUACAGUAUCAGGAAUUUCAAUUUUAUAUUUUUUGUCAUCACUGUGUGGUGUACGUUUAAUGUUUUAAAAUACUGUAUUGAAGUCGACUUAAGAACCCAAACAAGGAGCAACGGCAAGGUUAGCCACAAGUUUCCUCUUUAUGUUUCAUUCCACUUUUACUGUUUGAUAGCAAAGUAAUACUACUAUACAGUACAUGUCUACACAAAGCUUGUGAUGUUAUAAAAGCAUUGCCUUAAUAUUUGACAUCAGGUUCAGCAGAAUUUAUAAUUUCUUAAAGGCAAACAGGGUCACCAGAUUUUAACCAGCGUGCAUUCAUUGGACUAAGUUCAGAUACUCCCUUAUUGCUAUUCAUCAACUCACAACACUUUGUUCAUUCCAGGUUGUUGGUUUAUUCAAAGUACAAAGUAACACCUAACGGCAAGUAGUGGAGCAGCCAAAUGUUAAACUCAUUCACUGCCAGCCCUCCCAGUUCACAUGAAUAUUUGACUAUUUGCUGGUGUGUUACCCGCUCGCUAGAUCAUUAUUAACAAAGGCCAAUUUUGCUCCAUGUCAGAAUCAGAAUCCUUAUUAUGUCAAAUAGUAUGAAUGUCAAAAGCACACAAGGAAUUUGUCUCUAGUAGUUGGAGCUGCUCGAGUACGACAAUAGACAACCAUUUUGACAAAAAAAUACUUUUGAGACAUAAAAACACACACGACGGAGAGUCACUUAAAUUCAUACCGUCACUGUGUAUGAAUCGAACCCUGUCAAGCCAGUGAGCCGUUACACAAUCAGUGACUUAUACCAUAAUAAAACAUUAAUAUCACGUUACCUUGAGUUAUCACUUUGUUCACCCCUACGUUACCCUAGUGGGAGUCCAGUGAAGGGAGGUAAAGACCAAUCCUGGAAGAGAUUAAAACUCCCUCUAAAGGGAAAAUAAAUGUCUUCUAAAUUUGACACACCAAGGAGUUGUUAUUGACAACCCUGACAAAUUUUAACACAUUUUUAUGUUCACAACACUUAACCACUGAUAGUAAACUCAACAUUUUUGCAAAACCUUUGCUAAAGUUUACUAUAUUCGCUUUCACAGUGCCUUAUUAGAAAUUAUAUGCGUAGUUUAAAAAACAAAAUGCUCCUUUGGUCACUGAUGGUGUAGUGGUACACUCGCCUGACUUUGGUGCAGGCAGCGUGGGUUCAGUUCCCACUCAGUGAUGGUGUGAAUGUGAAUUCGAAUGGUCGUUCAGGGUGUAGUCCGCCUUUUGCUCAAAGUCAGCUGGGAUAAGCUCCAGCGCCCCGCAACCCUAACCAGGAUAAGCGGUGUUGAAAAUGGAUGGAUGAAAAAUGCUCCUUUGCUCACAGCUUGUGAUGUUUUUUCAUAUAGCUCAGCUAGCGUGUAGGCAGAAUACAUACAGCGACUGAAAUAAGUAUUUAACACGUCACCAUUUUUCCCACUAAAUAUAUUUCCAAAGGUCCUAUUGACAUGAAAUUUUCACCAGAUUUUGGGAACAACCCAAGUAAUCCAUACAAACAAAGAAAGUAGAAAAAAGUAUUGAACACCUAAAAUCUAUCAAUAAUGCAACAGCAAUCCAGCCCCUUGUCAGUUCAAAUGAAUAUCAGCUGGUUCAGUCCUAAUUGAUGGCCUACAAAAAGGUCUCAUUGCCAAGGUGUGAGUCAAGACACAUCUCGUGAGGGGUAAGAGCAGAGAGCUGUCUCAAGACCAUCGGAAAGUAAUUGCUGCAAAAAAUAACGAUGGCACUGGUUACAGGCGGAUAUUUAAACUUCUGAACGUUCCAGUGAGCACAGUUUGGGCCAUAAUACGUAAGUGGAAAGCCAAUCAUACCACCAUAAAUUUGCCUCAAUCAAGUGAUCCAUGCAAGAUUUCUGACGGAGGAGUCCAUAGAAUAAUCAGAAGAGUUGUCCAAGAGCCAAGGAACACCUGUGGAGAGCUUCAAAAAGACCUGGAAUUAGCAGGUGAGUAAUGUACUCCGCCUCCAUGGCUCGUAUGCACGCUCACCACGCGCGUGGAUGUGUGUGCGCGCGCGCGUACAUGAUCCAAACUGCCAAACAUUGAAGCGCUAAUGAGGGUGUGGAACGACGACAGCUCAGAAGCUCUCAGGUAGGAUUCUGUUUUGUCUUCUCCGUAAUUACUGAGUGGUAAUUACACUGACUGAUAUGCUUUUGUUUUGUUUUGUUUUGUUUUGUUUUGUUUUGUUUUUUUAAACCUGUCCUGUUCGGCUGCAUGGCCUUGCAGAAUGGUAGAUCUGUAUGCCUUUGUGCUGGAACAGUUUUGCUUGUGCAACAGGGGAGUUUGAAAUACUCCCUCUGCUUAAUUUUAUUAUUUAUUUUAAUUAAUCUGAUGUUAAUUGUAGGCUCCAGCACGCCCGCGACCCUAGUGAGGAAAAGCGGCUCAGAAAAUGGAUGGAUGGAUGUUAAUUGAAAAUGCAGCUGGAGAGAAAAGGGAUUUAGGGGACAGACAGGGGGACAGUGUGGACAAGGGGACUAGGGCUGAGAACCACAGCAGAACAAUAGUGAGACAGUCUAGAUAUUUAAACACAAGUAAUAUUAUAACAGUUACUUGUAGAUUGGGGGGUGGGGAGAUUGGAGGGGGGACCCCCGGUGAGGACAUGCAAUAACUAACCAAGAGAACCAGAUACGAGAGGACAGAAAAUGGACAGGAUGUGGAAAAAUGAGCAAGGCAGUGCUACUGUCGAGUGGUGCGGUGGGAUUCUUUUUUAGUGUCUAAACACUUGUAAGAACCUGUGAGUUGAUAUGUUAGUAUAACCUGUGUUGUUAUAAGUGAUCCCAGCACAAGUAAUUAAAGUCUAUAGUGUUUCUAUCGAACUGACUGAUAUGGUUUGAUUUUCAUACAGGACCAUUAAAAUUUUCUUGUUGUGGAACAAAAGGAUUUUGACCUCCCUCUUCUUCUGACAAGACCCAGGCAUGGACGAAAAAGACACGCUGCAAAAGGACUCGACAGAACUUUAUUUAAGUGAACUGAAAAAUGAAAAGAAUAAAGUCAAAAAGGCAAAGAUACCGAAGGUUGGCCCCAUUGGACUGUUUAGGUUUGCAGAUGGCUUAGACGUUGUACUGAUCGUCUUCGGGACAGUGAUGUCGAUCGUCCAUGGGCUAACGUUCCCCCUUAUGUGUGUAAUAUUUGGGAAUGUGGCGGACACCUUUGUACAGUACUCAAGAGUGUCUAAAAUCAACACCAGCCAUGCCAAUUCCACCACCAUAAUUCCGAACAACACCUUGCAGGAAAACAUUACUAGUUUUGCCAUCUACUACAGCAUCAUCGGUGCGAUAUUGAUGGUGGCUGCCUACAUACAGGCUGCUUUCUUUGCACUGGCUGCCGGGCGACAGAUCAAACGCAUUCGCACGGAUUUUUUCCACAGUAUCAUGCGACAGAACAUCGGCUGGUUUGAUGUCAACGAGACAGCAACACUCAACACUCGUCUCGUUGAUGAUAUCUGUAAGAUCCAAGAGGGUAUAGGAGACAAGAUGGGGAUGCUGAUCCAGUCCGUUUCCACCUUCAUCUUAUCCAUCAUCAUCGGUUUCAGUAUAGGAUGGAAACUCGCUCUGGUCAUCUUGGCCAUCUGCCCCUUGCUAGGCCUUUCAGCAGCACUUUUUACUAGGGUAGUGACGUCAUACACUUCUAAAGAACAGGCUGCUUAUGCCAAAGCGGGUGCAGUGGCAGAGGAGGUGCUUUCUGCCAUCAGGACCGUGUUUGCCUUCAAUGGUCAGCAAAAAGAGCUCGAGAGAUAUCGUAAGAGUUUGGAGGCCGCAAAGAAAAUGGGAGUAGAGAGGUCGAUAAGUUCAAACUUAAUCAUGGGCUUUACCUUUAUGCUGAUGUACCUGUCUUAUGCUCUGGCCUUCUGGUAUGGGAGUACACGCAUUCUGAGUGAAGAUAAAGAAUACAGCCUUGGAACUGUACUCACAGUUUUAUUCACUUUGCUCGCUGGAACAUUCGCCUUGGGGCAAACUUCACCUAACCUCGAGGCCUUUGUCAUUGCCCAAGGAGCGGCACACCAAUUGUACACCAUCAUUGACAGAAAACCACCUAUCGACAGCUCUUCGGAAAGUGGCUUCAAGCCUGACUCAGUCAAUGGAAACAUAGAGUUCAAGAACAUUCACUUCAACUACCCCUCAAGGCCAGGAGUCAAAGUAUUAAAUAACAUGUCCCUGAGUGUGAAGAGUGGACAGACCAUCGCCUUAGUGGGAAGCAGUGGGUGUGGUAAAAGCACCACCAUCCAGCUGUUGCAGAGGUUCUAUGAUCCUCAGGAGGGAUCUAUAUCUAUUGAUGAUCAUGACAUCCGUUCUCUCAAUAUCCGCUACCUGCGAGGGAUGAUUGGCGUGGUGAGUCAAGAGCCUGUCCUUUUUGCUACUACCAUCGCUGAAAACAUUCGAGGUGGACGAACCAAUGUAACACAGCAUGAAUUAGAGCAAGCUGCCAAGGAGGCCAACGCUUAUGACUUCAUCAUGAACCUUCCCGAUAAGUUUGAGACGCUGGUUGGGGACCGAGGGACUCAGAUGAGUGGAGGUCAGAAGCAGAGAAUUGCAAUUGCUCGGGCGCUCGUCCGUCAACCCAAAAUCCUUUUGCUGGACGAAGCAACAUCUGCUCUUGAUUCUGAGAGUGAGACUAUUGUGCAGGCUGCACUCGACAAGGUCAGACUGGGUCGUACCACCAUAAUUGUGGCCCAUCGUCUCUCAACUAUCAGAAAUGCCGAUAUGAUUGCUGGUUUCCAACAUGGAGAGGUUGUAGAGCUGGGGACUCAUAGUCAACUGAUGGGAAAAAAGGGUGUCUAUCAUACUCUCAUUACUAUGCAGAUGUUUCAGAAAGCUAAGGAUGAGGAUCAGCAGAAUUGUGAGCAUAAUGACAAACGCUUACCAGCCAAAACUUCUUCAGAAUCUUCCACAUAUAGGUGGAAGUCGACAAAAAGUUCUUCCUCCGCUGGUGUAGAGCAAAACAAAGAGAGUGAAAAUUUGGUGGAUGACAAAGACCAAACAGAAAAGGUUGAAAAUGGUCCACCUUCUAUGUUUCUCAAAGUGAUGCGUUUCAACCUUCCUGAGUGGCCUUACAUUUUGUUGGGGAUCAUUUCUGCUGCAAUCACUGGAAUAUCUCAGCCUGUGUACGCAGUCCUCAUUUCAGAGUUCAUCAGUCUGUUUACUGAGCUUGAUCAAGAGAUGAAAAAAAAAAAAACAGAAUUCCUUUGCCUCAUGUUUGCUGCUGCUGGAUUUGUAGUGUUUUUCACUGUGUUUCUACAGGGUUUCUGUUUUGGUAAAGCUGGAGAGAUCCUGACCAUGAAACUGAGACUUGCAGCUUUCAAGGCUAUGAUGAGGCAGGACCUUGGCUGGUUUGAUGACCCCAAAAACAGUGUUGGUGCACUCACAACAAGGCUGGCCUCAGACUCUGCUGAAGUAAAAGGGGUUACCGGACUACGUUUGGCCACAAUGGUCAAGAUUAUAUCCAAUAUGGGCAGCAGUGUAAUUAUCUCCUUUGUGUAUGGCUGGGAGCUGACCCUGUUCAUACUGGUGUUAGUGCCAAUCUUGGCAGUGGCUGGAGCUUUAAAGAUUCAGAUGUUGACUGGUAAAACAGCAAAGGUCAAGAAGGAGCUGGAGAAGGCUGGAAAGAUUGUUACACAAGCCAUCGAGAAUAUCCGUACAGUUGCAUCUUUGACGAGUGAACCCAAGUUUGAAUCUUUGUAUGAGAAUAGCCUCGAAGUUCUAUACAAAAACUCAGAGGAAAUGGCCCAUCUGCAUGGUUUUGUCUUUGGUUUCUCCCAAGCCUUGCUUUGUUUUGGUUAUGCCGGAUGUUUCUUGUUUGGAGCUUGGCUCAUUGAGCACGGCAGGAUGGACGUUCAAGCACUAUUUCUAGUGAUCCUGUCAAUUAUAUAUGGUUCAAUAUCUGUUGGAGAGGCCCAUUCCCUUGCUCCAAACUAUGCAAAUGCCAAAAUAUCAGCUGCUCACAUCAUGAUGCUUCUGGACACACAGCCUGCUAUUGAUAAUCUCUCACAAGAUGGACAGUCAUUGGACCAAUUUGAUGGGAAUGUGCACUUGGAGGAUGUUACGUUUAAUUACCCGACACGCCCUGAUGUACCCGUCCUCAGAGGGCUGAAUUUGAAGGUGAGCAAAGGGGAGACACUGGCCCUAUUAGGAACCAGCGGCUGUGGAAAAAGCACCACUAUCCAGCUCCUGGAGAGGUUCUAUGACACCAAGGAAGGGAAAAUGAUGUUUGAUUCUGUAAGCGUGAAAGAGCUGAACAUCCACUGGCUGAGGUCUCAGAUUGGUAUUGUGUCCCAGGAGCCUGUGCUCUUUGACUGCAGCUUGGCUGAAAACAUCGCCUAUGGAGACAACAGUCGUACUGUAACUAUAGAGGAGAUCAAGGCAGCUGCUGAAGCAGCCAACAUUCACAGCUUCAUAGAAAACUUGCCAAAGAAGUACGACACUCAGGCAGGCGAUAAGGGGACCCAGCUGUCUGGUGGUCAAAAACAACGAAUAGCAAUAGCCCGAGCCAUCCUUCGUAACCCCAAACUGUUGCUUCUGGAUGAGGCCACGUCUGCACUCGACACUGAGAGUGAGAAGGUGGUGCAAGAGGCGUUGGACAAAGCUAGGCAGGGCAGGACGUGUAUUGUUAUAGCCCACCGUCUGUCCACCAUCCAAAACGCAGACCGCAUCGCUGUCUUUCAGGGAGGGGUGGUGGUUGAACAAGGGACGCACCAGCAGCUGCUAGCCAAAAAGGGAGUCUAUCACAUGCUGGUCACUAAACAGUUGGGCUAUGGGAGGAAAUAAUCGAGAGUAAUUCAGUGACUGUACUAUAUGCUGACAUCGGAGAGGGGAUGUACUGGACUGUUCAGAAGUCAGUCACAGGACUGAUAUAAAUGCAUGUUUUUGGACAGUGGAACGAAGCCAAGGUAUUCAGACAACUCAUGAUUUGAUUAGUGCACAGGUUACUUCUAUUAUUGUUCACAAAUCAUCAGUUAAAAAUAAUGGCCUCAACUCAAAUGAAUCACUGGGUGUGUCAUCCACCGCAGCGCAAAUAAACACCUUUCCUUUUCCACCUAAGAAAUGGAUGCAUGACUUCUACUCCCACGACGUGUCACAGUAAAUUCACUUCAUUCAUUCAUAACCACUUGUACAAAUACAUUUCCAUAAUGCUAAUUUUGUAGAUUGUAUCAGUAAAAUAAUAUACCACGGUACAAUAUCCAAUCAUACAUAUUCAAUAUACAGUACGAGUAAUACACAAUCUAUUUCAAGUAGCAUUAUUUGUGGGGGGAAAUGAUAUUACACAUACUAUUAUUAAACUUGUAUUUCAUGUUGUGAUAAAAGUGCAUUUGUACAAAUAAAGUCCUAUUCUGUAAUUCAGUAAAUGCCUUACCUCUAAUAAAUGCCCGUUACUCUGUGCAGUUGAGUAAAUGAAGGCCUCUGGGCACUAUUCAAGGAAAUUAGCUAAAAUAAGACAACAGAGACCCCGGACUGUUGAAUGGGAAAGAAUUCCACCUACAAAGCUUCAACAAUUAGUGUCCUCAGUUCCCAAACGUUUAUUCAAUGUUGUUAAAAGAAAUGGUGAACAGUGUUAAACAUGACCCCGUCCCAGCUUUUUUUGGAACGUAUUGCAGCCAUAAGUUAAUGAUUAUUUGCUAAAAACAAUCAAGUUUAUCAGUUUGAACAUUAAAUAUCUUGUCUUUGUAGUGUAUUCAAUUAAAUAUAGGAUGAACAUGAUUUGCAAAUCAUUGUAGUCUGUUUUUAUUCAUGUUUAACACAACAUCCCAACUUAAUUGGAAUUGGGGUUGUACAAGUGGGAAUUGACAAUGAAAUGCUAUAUAUUGAGUACUUAGUGUCAUGUUGUAUUGUUGAUGAUAUAUGAAUACAUGUUAUGCAUACAUGGACAAUUUUAGAAAAGAUUGAUCAGAUGUGAGUUUUUACCCCGCGGAGCACGAGUGUUGGCUAAUAAGUUAUUGCAAGUCAUCUCCAUAGUAACACACGAAAUCCUUUUGGCCAAAUAACAAGCCAAGAGGGUGAAUCACACCCUUAAGGACAGCAGUCCUUUAUAAGUCAAAAACCUCUGCUUUUAGCGUUCUUUGCCGUCAGCCAGCAUCUGAGGUACAACGGAAGGUCUUAUUCUCCCAUCUAUCUUUGUGUAAGAUGCAGGAUGAUUAGAGACAGCUCCUAAAAAGAUUGCCAAAGAUUUUUUUCUAGCUAAGAUUAGAUGAAGACAAAUAGAGCAGUUAUGCUAUAGCCUCAGAUACAAGAGCCCUUGGCCUCUCUCCUCAUAACCCCUAUCUAAUAAUACAAUUUUGAAGAACAAUCUCAUCGGAGGAAUGCUCGACUUGAUCAAUCGAACAUUCCUAUUUGGAAUUAGAUAUUGCUAUUUCUAUUUGCAUUUCAUUUUAAUGUCUUGGAAUUUCACAUUUUGGACUGUUUUCAUUUACCAUCGAAAGAGACUGAGAAUGUUACCAACUUUUUCCUUGAACUGAUGUUUUUGGACUUUUGGUUUUCAUCUCAGAGGAUCGGCUUGAAAUAUUUGAGCUCAUUUAUGAGUGAGUAGAUGUUUCAUAUAUAGCUCCUUUUUGUGAAUUUUAUUAUUUUUAAUUUAAUUAUUUGAUGCUUUUCCCCUUGCCGAAUACUAUUCAUUAAAGUGUAUUUUU